AUGGCGCUGCGACUGACACUUCCCUUACGCCCUCUACCGCCUGCACCGACCUUUGUGGAUGAGCGUGACACUCCAAAGAGUCCAGUUGGAAGCGAGGAUGAGGACGAGGAGAAGCAGAAACCUGGUGCUGCCACCGGCGCGCAGAACCUAGUCGACAACAGAAAAAGCGUGAUAAACAUAUCCUCGCUGAACAAGGUUCUCCCCAUACAGAACUACACCGCCCACUCCAACUUGAAGGGUCUGCCCGGUCUGGACUUUGGCGUUGACUUCCACCUCCCGAUCCUCGCCUACCGCUACUCCGGCCUCAUGGCCAAAAUCAUCUUCCCCUUUCAGGAGAAACGUUUCGAGCCCUCGCAAGGCGGACAAAUAAGUGCUGCUGCUCGUAUCAAGGAGGUGAUGGAUGUCGGCGUCCGAACCUUUGAGGGAAACUCCGAGAUUUGCACCUUGCACGAGGUCUGUGAGCAGACCUUUGGGAACCUUCGCAUGGUUGAGCAGUCGUGGAGAUUUUCCUUUUCCCUCCCAAAGAUCACACAGAUCGUCCGCAAAAUCAUUGAGGCGCGCGAGCGUCAUCUCGAUAAGAACAAUGGUGUCACCGAGACUGCCUACUCCUUUUUCCCGUUCUUGAAGGCGAUUGACAACUUUCGCGAGAAGGUCUAUGCCGUUUUGCAGUACCGACAGCAGGAUGCAGAGGUCAAGAAGAAUGUGAAGCAGCACCGCGGCCUCAAGCGUUCCCGCGAUGACGACUCCGAUGCCGAAGAGAAUGCGGUAUCCGUCAAGAAGGCGCGCCAGAAUAAGGAAGAGGAAGAGCUCGCGGCUAUGUCUCCCGAGGAACAGGUCAAGAUCCUGAAAACAAAGAACAAGGAACUCGAGACCAAGCUCCUUGAGUAUGAGUACAACUACCGUCAUGAGAGAGAUGCUCGCGCUCAAGCGGAUAAGAAAGAUCUGAAGACCCAAGGCGAGGAGGAGGAAUGGGAGGAGGGCCAUUUGCAAGGAUUCCUGCGCUGGCAUCAUCAAGAUGAUGCUGCUAAUGCUCUGCUUGGGAUUGAGCGGCGGGAGGCCGGCUCCCAGUGA